AUGUCUGAAUACCUACCAGGCAACCGGCACCGCUACAUCCCUCACAAAAUCGACUUCCAACGUCUUCCAAUCUUCGAAUCGGAUCGACCGUCAAGAUCCUCGGUCGAAAAAAAACAACCCGAUAUGAUCUUCCAGCCUAAGUUCCUUCCUCCCGCCAAACGCCGUCGCCGAGGCCGGUCCUUCGCAAUACGCUUGGAUUUCUACUGUUGUGUUUGGGUCCCAGCCAUAGGUUUCACCACUGGCCAACUGAGAAAGCGCACUAGCGGUGGAUCCUCGUCAAGUCCAGAUACCUGUCGCCGAGGCCGGUCCUUCAAAAAAGCCUCAGGUCCCUCUUUUCGUGUUAGCCUACCUGCUCAAGGGUUCACCACCGGUCAGUCGAAAAACUACGCUAGCCGUGGAUCCCUCUUGUCUCAGAUCGCCUGUCGUCCUUUCAACUUUGCCGCACUAAGUGGAGUUAACCGGGUACACCCUCAUCCGCAAGCUGGCUGGUUUUUGCUUCCCCUUCGAGGCCAUGUCCACACACCCUUGCCUGCAGUAGUACUAUCCUCGUUAAGAAUCCUUCACCGUAGUUUACUUCGUAUUAAAGAUAUGCGUCCGUCGCCUCCUUCAACCGAUCCGAGUCCUGGAACCUACCAUUCUUACCCCAUGUCCACCCCUCCCACUACCAAUACUGGUGUGGGCAUGAAUGUCCCUGAGCCAAGAGCUCCUCAUUUUCAGCCGCCCCCUUAUCGUCUUAAUCCGCCUCGCUUCCCUCAUCCCAUUUUUUAUCCGCACCCCCCUAUGUUUCACCCUCCUGGUCAAGCUUUCCCCCCCUUAGGUCAAGGAGGGGGUCCACGCGGUCGAGGUUUUGUUGGAGGCAGAGGUGGAGGCCGUGGAGUUGGUCGUGGUCGUGGUUGGCUCCCACCUGCCCAGCUCCGAAUUCGAGGUCAGGCUAACCGGUUCUAUUACCCCAACGGUCCAGCCGCUGGGGUGCCGUUUGGUCACGGUCAUGCUCCGUUCUUCAAUUCCAACCGGGCCCAGGUCGACAUCGAUCAAUUCUUAAAUCAACAUCCGAUUCCGCCUGCGGUUCAACGCCGCCCAACUCCGAUUCCGGUCCCGUCCUCGCCUAGCGUCCCGGCCGCUAACGUUGCUAGAGCUCCUAGCAACCUCAGCUCUAUCCGCUCCGGCAAUAGUUUUCACACCGCGGAAGACUUCCUCGCUCCUCAAGUUCGAGUCGCGUCUCCGACUCCCGCGGGUAUGUAUGAUCCAGACGAUUAUCACCUCCUGGCUCGUCACCAGAUCGAAUCCCUGCUAGACCGCCGCGCAGCGCCCGAGCGCUUUGAUCGAUAUGAGUUCACACCUCAACACUUCGACAAUUUUUACCAGUCAGCUACUUCGGCCCUGGUCCAUCAUUGGACCCGUCAUCCUGCAGCCAACGCCAACGAACGUCAAGAUCGGGCUGCUUCGUUGGAACCGGUUCUGCUGCCUGAACAUCAUGGACAGCCAGUCUAUAGGGGUAAAAAAGUACUAAAACCGAAAAAAAUCGAUACAUAA